UGCGGGUGGCCAAGCCUGGCUGGGGCUGGGACGGGAGAGACCGCAGUGGGGGCGCCGUAAGGGGCCUCACCCCCAAGGUAGGGGUCAGGGCACUUGGGGGCCCGGGCGUCUCUGGGAGGACGCUGGGUUGGGCGGUCCCUGCACCACCUCCCCCCACCCCAGCCCCCUCCAUCAUCCCGGGGCGGGACCACGGGGCGGAGCUGGAGGGUGACCGGCCGUGACGCGUGCCCCGCCCGCUCAUAUAGCGGCUCCCGGGGGCGCAGGGACCGUGCUCUGCCGUCUCCACCGCAUCCUCCUCCACCCGCGCCGCCGCCGCAGCUCCCCGCGCCCGCGCCACCGCCGCCGCGUCCACCCUCAGCGCCACCGCCAUGCGGGAGAUCGUGCACCUGCAGGCCGGCCAGUGCGGCAACCAGAUCGGGGCCAAGUUUUGGGAGGUUAUCAGUGACGAACAUGGCAUCGACCCCACAGGCACAUAUCACGGGGACAGUGACCUGCAACUGGAGAGAAUCAACGUGUAUUACAACGAGGCCACAGGAGGAAAUUAUGUCCCCAGAGCGGUUCUGGUGGACCUGGAGCCCGGCACCAUGGACUCUGUCCGUUCUGGCCCCUUCGGGCAGAUCUUUCGGCCGGACAACUUCGUGUUUGGCCAAUCUGGAGCCGGCAACAACUGGGCAAAGGGGCACUACACAGAGGGCGCAGAGCUGGUGGAUGCUGUCCUGGACGUGGUCCGGAAGGAGGCCGAGAGCUGUGACUGUCUCCAGGGCUUCCAGCUGACCCACUCGCUGGGGGGCGGCACGGGGUCCGGGAUGGGCACGCUGCUCAUCAGUAAGAUCCGGGAGGAGUUCCCAGACCGCAUCAUGAACACCUUCAGCGUGGUGCCCUCGCCCAAGGUGUCAGACACGGUGGUGGAGCCCUACAACGCCACGCUGUCCGUGCACCAGCUGGUGGAGAACACGGACGAGACCUACUGCAUCGACAACGAGGCGCUCUACGACAUCUGCUUCCGCACCCUCAAGCUGACCACCCCCACCUACGGGGACCUCAACCACCUGGUGUCGGCCACCAUGAGCGGGGUCACCACCUGCCUGCGCUUCCCGGGCCAGCUCAACGCCGACCUGCGCAAGCUGGCGGUGAACAUGGUGCCCUUCCCGCGCCUGCACUUCUUCAUGCCCGGCUUCGCGCCCCUGACCAGCCGGGGCAGCCAGCAGUACCGGGCCCUGACGGUGCCCGAGCUCACCCAGCAGAUGUUCGACGCCAAGAACAUGAUGGCCGCGUGCGACCCGCGCCACGGCCGCUACCUGACCGUGGCCGCCGUGUUCCGGGGCCGCAUGUCCAUGAAGGAGGUGGACGAGCAGAUGCUGAGCGUGCAGAGCAAGAACAGCAGCUACUUCGUGGAGUGGAUCCCCAACAACGUGAAGACGGCCGUGUGCGACAUCCCGCCCCGCGGCCUCAAGAUGGCCGCCACCUUCAUCGGCAACAGCACGGCCAUCCAGGAGCUGUUCAAGCGCAUCUCCGAGCAGUUCACGGCCAUGUUCCGGCGCAAGGCCUUCCUGCACUGGUACACGGGCGAGGGCAUGGACGAGAUGGAGUUCACCGAGGCCGAGAGCAACAUGAACGACCUGGUGUCCGAGUACCAGCAGUACCAGGACGCCACGGCCGAGGAGGGCGAGUUCGAGGAGGAGGCCGAGGAGGAGGUGGCCUAGGCUGUUCCCAUCGCUUCGCGUCUGUCCGCUCGAGGCCUGAGGUCUGACCUUUGACCUCCCAAGCCCCCCAUCUCUGACCCUCCUAGAGCCCCGCUUCCCCUCCAAGCCUGACACCCCUGUGACUUCGCCCUGACCCUAACGAUGCCUUUAGAGCACCCUUUACCUCUGUCUCCUUCAUCUCCGACCCUGGCGCCCCUUUGACCCUUGAGCCCUCGUGUAUCUUUGACCCCCUGGAGCUCUUCCAACCUUGGCAUUCCCAGGAGGAUCCCCACUAUACCCCCUCUGACUCUGGAAACUGUACCUUUCACUUUGUGGGCCCUCCUUCACCCCUGACCUCUGCUGCACCUGUGACCCCUGCCCUCCAUGAGUCCCAUUUUACCUUUAGAUCUGUUAGUCCUGGUUUCCAUUUGACCCUUUUCUCUGAGCUGCACUUCACCUCUGACCUUGCCUCACCUCUGAUCCCUGCCCCCACCUGAGCCUCAGCUCCUACCUCUGGCACCAACUUCUCUUUGACCCCCUAUGAAUCUCAGUUGACCUCUAGACCUAUAAGUCCUGGUUUACACUGGACCCCUCUCUGACCUGGCCUCGCCUUUCACCCCCAACAGCCCCAGCUUCUACCUCUGACCCCAGCUUCUCUGGUUCCCACAGGCUCCUGCAUCCUCCCUGCCUCACUCCCCUCAGCCCUGGCCGACCUUAGCUUAUCUGGGGGAGAAACAAGGCCUGGUGCCUGUGAGGGUGAGAGGCGGCCCCUGCCCUCCCUCCCCGCUUCCCUGCCAUGCCCUCGCUAAAUAAAUGAAUUCUGCUGAA